AUGAGCGGCACACGAGGACAAAUCGAGCGUGCCAUUGUACAGAUAAAAGAGAAGCCCCGUAUUCCGACGAUUGACUUCACUCAGCAUCAACUCGAAAAUGGCUACACUAUCAGCACGCAGGAGCGUGUCGUGAAGGAGGUGCAAGCUCCUGCAAUGUCUAUCCCGACGGACGCUCAGUUCUUCUCUCGCGAUGACCCCACGAAGCCUGACAUCGCGUUCCUGAAGAAUCAUUUCUACCGCGAAGGCCGGUUAUCCGAGGAACAUGCUAUGUACAUCCUGGAGAAAGCUACAGAGAUAUUGCACGCAGAACCCAACCUGUUGUACGUCGACGCCCCGGUAACUGUUUGUGGCGAUAUACAUGGCCAAUAUUACGAUUUGAUGAAAUUGUUUGAGCUUGGAGGCAGUCCAGCGACGACGCGAUAUCUCUUCCUGGGAGACUAUGUCGACAGAGGCUAUUUCAGCAUCGAGUGUGUGCUGUAUUUGUGGUCCCUGAAAAUCUGGUACCCUGAUACCCUGUUUCUUCUGCGCGGUAACCAUGAAUGUCGGCAUUUAACUGAUUACUUUACUUUCAAAUUGGAAUGUAAACGCAAAUACUCGGAGCGUUUAUACGACGCUUGCAUGCAGUCUUUCUGUGCUCUGCCCCUAGCUGCGAUCAUGAACAAACAAUUCUUCUGUAUCCAUGGUGGGUUGUCACCUGAGUUGCAAACACUUGAUGAUAUCCGAAGCAUUGACCGAUUCCGUGAACCUCCUACCCAGGGUCUUAUGUGUGAUAUUCUCUGGUCAGAUCCCGUGGAAGACUUCGGCCAGGAGAAGAUGAAUGAGAGCUUUGUUCAUAAUCACGUCCGAGGCUGCUCGUACUUUUUCACGUACAAUGCUGCCUGCCAAUUUCUGGAGCGUAACAAGCUCCUCUCAAUCAUCCGGGCGCACGAAGCGCAAGACGCAGGGUAUCGUAUGUAUCGCAAGACGAGGACGACGGGCUUUCCGUCAGUCAUGACCCUUUUCUCGGCGCCUAACUAUCUGGAUGUGUACAACAACAAAGCUGCAAUUCUCAAAUACGAAAGCAAUGUUCUGAAUAUACGACAAUUUAACGCUUCUCCUCAUCCUUACUGGUUGCCCAACUUCAUGGAUGCUUUCACGUGGAGUUUGCCUUUCGUUGGCGAAAAAAUCACCGACAUGUUGCUAGCGUUAUUAAACUGCUGCACGAAAGAAGAAUUGGAAGAGAGUGAGGAGGAGGAGCUGGAUACCAUCAUAUCGCCCGCCAUACCUACGCCGGAAGAGACGCACGAGCGCCGCAAAGUUAUCAAGAACAAGAUCCUGGCUGUUGGCCGCAUGUCACGAGUCUUCGCACUACUCCGCGAGGAGUCGGAGAAGGUGUCGGAGCUCAAGAGCAUAUCAGGCUCUGGGAAAUUGCCGUACGGCACCUUGGUCCUGGGUGCGGAGGGCAUCAAAGAUGCCAUUACUGGUUUCGAAGAUGCCCGGAAGUCUGAUAUUGAGAACGAACGUCUUCCUCCUGAUUUGUAUGAUGCCGAUUCUCAGGAGGGCAAGGCGAUUUUGUCCUCUGGUCAAUCAUCUCCCGAAGGUGCGCCUGCGACGCCUCCGCCUCCCAACGGCGUGGUGGCAGCGCUUGAGGAGGCGAUCGUCAGCGGAUCCGUUGGUACUCCCUCGACGGGCAGCAGCCCGGGACCGAGCACUCCCGUGUCACCGUCGUCACCAACUUCGCCGAUCCAGAUGAUGCCAUUCAGACGUGGCCACGGUCGCCAGGCUAGUCUGGGUACGACGAUGACCAGUCCCAGUACGCGUCGGAGAAGUAUCGAGAGCACGAUGUCGCUCAUCAAGGAGGUGGUUGACUCGAAGGUACCUCUGCAAGAUCCGGAGCUAAUCAAGCUGGCGGAGUCAAUCGCUGGACAGCCCGGGGCGCGAAACGGCACCCCUCCUACAUCAAGGUGA